AUGAUUCCUGUAAGGGCUAGGGUCUUCAGGAAUGUGAAUGAUGAAUGGGAAGAGAUGUGCAUGGGAAUAGUCUUCCGUAUUGAAAAUGGCUGCAUUUUUAUUGAAGAUGACGGGACAGGCAAGUGCUUUGAGAUACUGCUUAUCGAGAAGCAGUGUGGGAAGUCAGAGAGACACGUUGCAAUUGUAUACGACGACAUUGAGGAGUAUGCUGUCUGCUUUGAGACUGAAAAGAUUCGAGAUGAUUUUGUCGAGUUCGUUGAAAGAGAUAUCCUGGGCAAAGAUGGUAUGGGCAUAGAAGAGGCUUCAGAAAGGGGAGCAGGCGUCUUUUCGAGUCUCCUCAGGACAAGCAAAUACAUGGAUGCCUCUGUAUUUGGAAAGAUGCUUGAAAGUAGAGAUGGCGUGCUCGAUCUUCUAAGGAUGGAGAGCUUCCACUUGUUCAGAAUGCUGCUGGAAAACGGGGAGAAGGUAUUUGAGUUGUUUGGUGUUUCUUUCAGUAAUAAGAUCACACCAUAUGGGUUCUAUAGAGAAGUCGUGGCAAAAAAUCUAGAUGAGGACACUGCAAGGGUCUAUGAAGGCUUUCUUGUCAUGAUGAGCAAGCAAGAGUUGACAAGGAAUGAGAGCAAGGUGGCAGAAAUGUCUGAUGAAGAGAUAAGAGAUUUCCUCAAGAAGUGUGGAGGGAGCAGCUGUAAAGUUGGAAAUGUAGAAGCGUACUUGGAGAGGAUCUACAGAGAUAACGAGUACUUCUUCGAGACUUUCUACUAUCUCUGCUUUAUAUUCAGAGAGAAGAUGUCAGAGGCAAUUGACUUUGCGCGUAUUCUAUAUAAAACCAAGAGUUUAAUAGGUGAAAAGAGUUUUGAUGAUGGCCUUUUGUAUGUCAUAGAAGGACUGUAUGUCUUGCUGGAUGUGUGUAAACCCGAAAAGCUGGACAUGUUCUACAUGGAGGUCUCGGGUCUCUUUGACAGCCUAGAAUCCCAUCCAGACUUGCAGAAUCUUUUGUUGUAUUUGCUUGCCAACCAUGGAUUUAGGACAAGAGAGCUUCUGGUUAACACAGGACUGAUGGAGCGGAUAUUUGCAUCCAGGCACAAAAACAGCAUGAGCCCGGUGUUCAUCUCAAAGGUGCUCCUCCAGAUUGUAUCCUGCGGCAGCAGAUUCAUCCACAAAUAUUUCAUAAGGAACGAUCUAUUCAGGAAUGUUGCAGGAAUGUACAGGCAGAGACAAAGAGACGCUGCAUAUUCCAUAUUCUUACAGGCAUUCACCGAGGCAAAUGGCGAUAUGAAAACAUAUCUUGAUAAAUACGCCCAGAGCUAG